GUCGGCGGAGGCGACUCAGGAUGUGGAUGUGGAGGCUGUGGCCGCAGGGGCGUCUUCUUGCCCCGAGCCCACUCCCAUGGCGGCGGUCCCCAACGGAGGCGAGGGCGGUAGCAGCAGCAGCUGCUGCAGUGGCAACACGUUGGUGGCGAUGUGGACUCCAUGCGGCGGUCCCGUUGCAGUGGACGUGGCGAUUAAGGGCUCGGAGACACAACAACAUCACCACCGCCACCGCCACCACCAGCGGCAGCAGGAGCAGCAGUAUCAGCAGCAGCACCAGCAACACCUCCACUACCAGCAGCAGGAGCAGCAGCACCAGCAGCCUGUUCUUGAGGUCGUUCCAGGGGAACCCCAGGCGGCAGAGGUAGCACCCGCCUCAACGGAAGCUGAGCCGCCAGCCCCCGUCGCGCCGCCCAGGCGUUUCACGGCCCACGGCCUCUCACAGCUCGCAUGGGGCUUCGCGCGACUCGGCUUUCUCCCACCAGACCCCUUCAUGCGUGCCUUCUGCUCCGAAACCCUCCGCCUGCUUCCUACCUUCACCGCCCAGGGCCUCUCCAACACACUCUGGGGCCUUGCCUCCAUCCACUACGUCCCGCCUGACCCAUGGGUCACCCAGGUCUCGGCCGCCUGCCUGCGACUCAUGCCCUCACUCAACUCCUUCGAUCUAUCCGUCGUCCUCUGGUCGCUGCAGCGAAUGGGAUACGAGCCGGAUGGCGCAUGGCUGGCAGGUUACCUCAGUGCGACGUACCGCAAGCUGCCCUCCGCGGAACCCGAGCAUGCGGCGCGCAUGUUGUGGUGCCUUGCCAAGUUGGGCCUUACGCCGCCGUCCGAUUGGAUCCGGAUGUGGCUCAACAUGUCGUACAUGCGGCUGCUGGAGGCUGACCCCGUGUCCCUGACGUGCAUGAUGUGGGCACUAGCGGAGCUCAGCAUUCGUCCCGCCCGCACGUGGACUGAUCUGCUGCUGGUCUCGGCGUGGGAGGCGCCGCUGCGCUCUUUCUCGCCCGACGACCUGGCCACGCUGAUGUGGGGGCUAGCGCAGUGCCGUCGGCCGCCUGAGGCCGCUUGGAUGGAUGAGUUCUGGGUUGUGUCGUACAAGCGACUUCCCGUCUUCUCUCCGCGCGACCUCUCACUGCUGUUUUGGAGCUGCGUGCAGCUGGGUCAGGCGCCCAGUCAGAAGUGGCUCGCCGGGUUCGAACAGGUGACCUUGCUCCGCAUGGAGCAGCAAACCCCGGAAGGCCUCUCCCUCCUGAUCUACUCCUACGCGCUGCUGGAGCAGCAACCGUCGGGCAGGUGGUUGCAAUCAUUGUACGGUGCAUGCGCGAAAGAGGGCUUUGCGGAGUUUACGGCACUAGGGCUCGAACGGGUGAUCUGGGCAAUCUCCAAGAUCAAGCCGCCAGAGUCGAUGAGGCCGGAUGAGGAUUGGGUCCGUGCGUUUCUGCACAGCUUUCUGGGGCAGCUGGAGGAGGCUGGGUAUGUGAACCUGGCUAAUGUGAUGUUUGCCUUGGCGCUGCUUGGGGUACGGCCGGAGGUGGCGUGGGUGGAGGCGGUGAUGUCGCGGGUGGAGGCGCUGAUUGAGGAGUUUGGGCACACCACGCUGAGGAAGGUGGCUUGGGCGCUGCCUCGGUUGGUGCGGGCUGCUGGUGGUGGUGGCAGCAGUAGCAGCAGCGGUGGCGGGGAGGGGGGGAGCAGUAGCGGCGAGUGCGGCAACGGCGGCAGGAGGGAAGUUAGCGAAGAACAGAUACAGUCGUGGCAGCAGCUGCUGCGGGGCCGGAUGCGGAUGGUGAUGGGGGCCAGGCAGAGCGGCUGGCGCGCACAAGCGAGGUCGCAGCACCGGACAUCACUGGUGGUUGAGGACCCUUGAGGAUGAGGACUCGUGAUCAUGAGGAGAUGCAAAAGCACGCGCUGGGGCACCUCGUCGUGCCUUGAGCCGCGGAGGGUCUUGUAUGCUGCAUCAAGU